AUGAAUUUUACAGAACUUCCUAUCACAGAUUAUUCAUAUUAUUCAGACUAUGCUUACCUAAUCACCGAACCUUGUUCUAAGUUGGAAGUCAGGAACUUCACAAAAGCAUUUCUGCCAGUUGCGUAUUCGUUGAUUUGUAUCAUCGGCCUAGUUGGUAACAUCUUCGUAGUGAUGACCUUUGCUUUAUAUGAAAGAGCCAAGUCCAUGACGGAUGUGUACCUCUUCAACAUGGCCAUAGCAGACAUACUGUUUGUUCUCACUCUUCCACUGUGGGCAGUGUAUUACGCUGCUGACAAAUGGAUUUUCGGUGAUUUCAUUUGCAAAAUUACCAGAGGUAUCUAUGCAAUCAACUUCAGCUGUGGAAUGCUGCUUUUGGCUUUUAUCAGCGUGGACCGGUACAUUGCUAUUGUACAGGCAACAAAGUCAUUUAAACUCAGGGCAAGAACACUUGCAUAUAGUAAACUCAUUUGUUUGGCUGUGUGGGUAUCAUCAAUUUUAAUCUCUAGUUCCUCUUUUCUAUACAGUGAAAGUUACAGCUUCUCCAUCAAUGAAACCAAAGAGAUUUGUGAUCACAGAUUUGACAGAAGGUCUGAAAGCACAAUGCUGAAAUCACUGCUGCUGUACCUACAAGUUGGAUUUGGAUUUUUUAUACCUUUCAUAUUCAUGAUUUUUUGCUAUACAUUCAUUGUGAAAUCCUUAGAACAAGCUCAGAAUUCCAAAAGAAACAAAGCAAUCCGUGUCAUUGUAUUAAUUGUAACUGUUUUCCUAGUUUGCCAGGUACCUUAUAAUAUCGUUCUUCUUGUGACAGCCAUAAAUAUGGGCAAGACAGGCAAAUCUUGUGAGAGUGACAAGAUAAUGGCCUAUGUAAAAUACACCACUGAAGCCAUAGCAUUUUUACACUGUUGCGUGAACCCUGUGCUCUAUGCAUUUAUUGGAGUGAAGUUCAGAAGUUAUUUUGUGAAGAUAAUGAAGGACCUAUGGUGCACGAGAUACAAGAAAUACAAGAAACGUAGUUCAAGGAUAAACUCUGAUGUUUAUCAUUCGAGACAGACUAGUGAAAUUCUGACUGACAAUGGAUCUUCUUUUACUAUAUAA